AUCGCCACAACCAUGACAGAAACACAACCCGCACAAACGUCGCGCGCGACUGACGCAUCGACCGAACUCGUCCCCACGACGGAACAGACAAUCAUCACAACAAAUGCAGAGGGCAAAAAAGUCAAGAAGAUCAUCCGGCGCAAACGGCGACCUGCACGCCCUCAAGUCGACCCAGCGACCGUGAAGCCAGAAGAGGCCCCGCAGACGGGCACCAUUUACAACCUCUGGUACAACAAGUGGUCGGGCGGCGACCGCGAAGACAAAUACCUUUCGCAAACCCCUGCGCCAGGGCGCUGCAACAUAGCGCGAGACAGCGGCUACACAAAAGCCGACAGGACGCCCGGCGCGUACUUUUGCCUCUUCUUUGCGCGCGGCAUCUGCCACAAGGGUGUUGACUGCGAGUACCUGCACCGCCUGCCGACGGUUACGGAAAUUUUCCCCAGCAACGUGGAUUGCUUUGGGCGCGACAAGCAGGCCGACUACCGCGACGAUAUGGGCGGUGUGGGCACAUUUCAGCGCCAGAACCGCACGCUGUACAUUGGGCGCAUUCAUCCGACCGACGACAUUGAAGAAAUUGUCGCACGACACAUGCAGGAAUGGGGCGAGAUUGAGCGAACGCGUGUCUUGACGGCGCGCGGUGUAGCGUUCGUCACGUACAUGAACGAGGCCAACAGCCAGUUUGCCAAGGAAGCCAUGGACCACCAGUCGUUUGACCACAACGAGAUUCUCAACGUCCGCUGGGCAACCGUCGAUCCAAACCCGCAGGCUGCAAAGCGCGAGGCAAGGCGCAUCGAGGAGCAAGCGGCCGAGGCAAUCCGAAAAGCGCUACCAGCCGCAUACGUUGCAGAGCUCGAGGGCAGAGACCCCGAUAGCAAGAAGAGGCGCAAGGUCGAAGGCAGCUUUGGACUCCAGGGCUACGAGGCCCCAGACGACGUCUGGUAUGCCAAGGAAAAGGCCGAAUGGGAAGCCGCCAAACAGCUUGGAGCGGGUGAUACUGCCGACAGAAAGAUGAUUGAGGGUGCUGAACACUCGCAACAGCCACAGGAACAGCCACAGGAACAACAAAGUACCGGUAUCCUAUCGGGCAGUACGCUAGCUGCGCUAAAAGGAUUCAAAGCUGCGCCUUCGAAUAAGAGACCGGCGCCUGUAGCAGGUCCGCUGGUUGACUAUGGAAGCGAUAGCGACUAAUAAGUCUUUGUCUGGAAAGCGAGUCCUUGAUCUCAUCACGAUUCAUUGAAUGGCGAGACGAGCGGUUGGAGGGGAAAUGAAGUUGACAGGAAAAAAUAAAGAAGGAUUUGGGGCCUGUAGCAUUUACCACACCCACAUUCACAACAAGUGUGCGAUCCCAUCUUGUUAAGCAUCGGAUUGGAGUUUCUACUUUUUU